CGUAAAGAAGAAAAAAAAAGGUAUAUAAAGUGUAAGGAAUUCUCCUCAGUUUUUUCUCUUUCUUAUCUAUAUAUAUCUAUAUCCUUUUCUUAUUUAUAAUUAUGUCUACUGCUGCUACUCCUGAAGCUACCGCUCAAUUGUCCAAGUUGUCUUUGAACGAGGUCCAAAUCAAAAAGUUGAAUGAAGUUCCUGCCGAUGGCGAAGUAGAGGAAAUCCUCAGAGAAAACACUAGACGCUUCUGUUUAUUCCCUAUCAAAUAUCAUGAGAUUUGGCAAUUCUACAAAAAGGCUGAGGCUUCUUUCUGGACGGCUGAAGAAAUUGACUUAUCCAAGGACCAACAUGAUUGGGAGAACAAAAUGAACGAAAACGAGCGCUUUUUUAUCUCUCGCGUAUUGGCUUUCUUUGCUAGUGCUGAUGGUGUUGUGAAUGAAAACUUGGUUCAAAAUUUUUGUGAUGAAGUCAAAAUUCCUGAAGCCAAGUGUUUCUAUGGUUUCCAAAUCGCUAUUGAAAACAUUCACGCUGAAACUUACAGUCUUUUAAUUGAUACCUACAUCAAGGACAGCCAAGAAAAGGAAAUGCUUUUUGACGCUAUUGAAACCAUUCCUUGCAUCAAGAAAAAGGCUGACUGGGCCUUCAAAUGGAUCACUGGUAAUGACUCCUUUGCUGAAAGAUUAGUUGCUUUUGCUGCUGUGGAAGGUAUUUUCUUCUCUGGUUCAUUUGCUUCUAUCUUUUGGCUCAAGAAGCGUGGUCUUAUGCCCGGUUUGACAUUCUCUAACGAAUUAAUUUGUCGUGAUGAAGGUCUUCAUACUGACUUUGCCUGUCUCUUAUUCUCUCAUUUGAAAAAGACACCCUCUGCUGAACGCGUCAAGAGUAUCAUUGUUGAAGCUGUUGGUAUUGAACAAGAAUUCUUGACUGAUGCUUUGCCUGUCAAUCUUAUUGGCAUGAAUGCUAAACUUAUGUGCCAAUACAUUGAAUUUGUUGCUGAUAGACUUAUGGUUGCCCUUGGUUUUGAUAAGAUCUACAAUGCUACCAAUCCCUUUGACUUUAUGGACAUGAUUUCUCUUCAAGGCAAGACCAACUUCUUUGAAAAGCGUGUCUCUGAUUAUCAACGUGCUGGUGUCAUGAACAAGACACCUGUUGAAAAGACCUUUACUUUAGACGCUGAUUUCUAAACCAAUACUGCAUUUUAACUCAUUGUAAAUAUAUCCCUUCUCCCCCUCCUCUUUCUUAAUUAUAAUAAAUCAU